AGAUGGUCCACAACAACACCGCAAGUUUCAUUCCUGUUCAAUCUCAAAACCCUUUCCCUUUCCCAAUUUCAAAAUAAAAACAAAAACUAACUCAACCAAAAAAAAUAUCCCGAUUCAACCUUCUCUUCUUCAAAUCCUCCCAAUACACAUCCACUGGGAUUUGAAGGGUUCAUCUCUUAUAUAAAGCAUAAUUAAGUCAUUGAGCAUAAAGUUAAUCACUAAUAAGCCUUGGUCAAAUGCAACUAUAGCUACUAUUGCAGUUGGUCAUUUCUGACCAGUAGUUGCCUGUUGUUAGAAUGUGGAAUUUUGCUUCCAACUGUGUGGCUGGAUGUGCUGGACUAAAGAGCAGCUCCCGAAAAACAUCACAUACUGCCACAGAGUGUUCGGAUGAUGAGCUAUCUUCAGAUGGUAGGGAGGAAGUGCUAGAGUGCCCAAUAUGUUGGGAAUCCUUCAAUAUCGUUGAGAAUGUGCCCCAUGUUUUAUGGUGUGGCCAUACACUCUGCAAGAAUUGCAUCUUGGGAUUGCAGUGGGCUGUGGUGAAGUUUCCGACAUUACCGGUUCAGCUUCCGCUUUUUAUAUCUUGCCCCUGGUGCAACCUCUUAUCCUUCCGCCUAGUUUAUAAAGGAAACCUCAAAUUCCCUUGCAAGAAUUACUUCCUUUUGUGGAUGGUUGAGAACAUAAACGUUGAAAGAGUUAAAUCUCAUUCUGCGUUCUCUGGAGAUCCGCUAAUCUUUCCAGUGAGCGGUUCUUCAUCCAGGGUUAAUCAAGUCAGUCACAAUAACCUUAGGAGGGGACACCAUGUUCGUCAAUUGGAUUCACAAGGACCAAACAGUGCCAAUAGCCAUUUCCAUAACUUCAACCUGGAGAGGCUUCAAUCUUCUCUCCGCAAAUUGCUUGUUUUCUUUGUUCACUUGACAGCCAAGUUUCCGUUGGUAAUCAUCUUCCUCUUGAUUGUCUUAUAUGCCGUGCCUGCCAGUGCAGCAAUAUUGGCUCUGUACGUAUUAGUCACAGUCCUUUUCGCUCUCCCGUCAUUUCUCAUAUUGUAUUUUGCUUACCCGAGUCUGGAUUGGUUGAUGAGGGAGAUCAUCACUUAAGGUGUAUACUAUAAGGCAAUGUGAAUUGUGACUAGUAGAGACCAUCACUUCAGGACUUUUACUUCUACAAAGCCAGUCGCAUCUUUCAGGAAAGUUGACUUCAUAUUUUAGCUUGUUGAUAUAUUAGCUUCCCAAUUUGCCGACAUCUCAGCUGGAUCGUUCAUAUUCAACAUCAAACUCGAGUGGACGAUGAUUGCAUUCCCAGGUAAAAAAUAGGUCUCGUUUUCGGUUUAGUGUCCUAUUUUUUUUUUUUUCACUAAAAAUCUUCUUUAGUAAGGAAGUUAUUUGUGGUGUCAUCUUGAUGCUUCUUUGUGCGAUAUUAACUGUCAUCGUGUACUAGAUCUGGAAAUUAGAUAUUGUAUGGACAAAGCUAUAAGAAGCUCAAGUCCUUGCUUGUAUAGAGGAAUGGACCAAUUUAUAUGCCUGUAUCCACCCCACCCCCAAAAAAUAAAAAAUAAAAAAUAUUAAGAAGGUGAAGUUUUAGUUUAGUA